GCAAACAAAAAACGAAUUGAGAAAAAACACAAAGAAGAAAACUCACUGCAAAUGCAUUCGAACGUUUUUCUUAUCGAACCUUUUCCCAAUUUCACCUGAAGUAAUCUAAUCACCAACGUUAAUUAGGUGUCGUUUAUGGAAUGCAAUAACCGUAGUGUACAGUAGCAAUGGAAGGUGACAAACUGCUAAUGGCAGCGGGUGUAACCGCUGCCGUGGUUGUAGGAGCCUUUGUUUUUUGGGGUCCUUCGGGUUCUUCGCGUUUACGUCAACGACGUGGCCAAAUUGCUGGAUUGCAUAAUUUUGGGAAGACCUGCUUUCUGAAUACUCUGCUACAGGCAUUGGCAGCCUGCCCUCAGUUCAUAGCCUGGCUGCAACUGCACAAUGCUAAGGACAAAAAAAGGCUUAUCAGUUCGCUACAGAACGUGUUGGAAGUGGUGAACGGGACACACCCGACGCUUCGGGGAGAUCAGUACUCUCCGGGGGCUGUUAUCAGUGCCCUGCAUUCCCUUGGAUGGGUCAUUCCUCCCGAUGAGCACGACACACACGAACUGCUUCACGUGCUGCUCAAUUCACUGGAGGAGGAAGCUAUCAAACCGAAGAAAGUCGGUUGUCUUUCGGAUGCCCUUGGUGAGAUUGAACUACAAUCGAUUAUGCCUCCCGCUCGACCGUCGAGCGCGAUGCUGUCGGAUUUUUGCAAUACUGAAUAUGACGAAAGUACGAAUUUGACUCGUUACACGAGGUCUGAAGCGCACACUCCCGAUUCGCCACAUUCGACCUGCACGGAGACGGAAGAUUCGAUGUCGGUUCAGGACGGAUCGCUGAUGGAUUGUGCGGGAUCACCACCUUCGAUAAUUUCCACUUUCACUGGACGGCCAAGUCGUCCGAGGUCUAUCCUGGCCACCGAAAUGGUCGGCAAUGGUGCUUUGAACAAGCGAUCGUCUGGAUCGUGCCGAUCACUGGAACGUUUAACACGAGGUCCAGGUCGCGUCUCUGUUUGGGGUGACCGUCAGCAAAUUCAAGUUCCUCACCCGUUCCGCGGUGGGUUGAGCAGUCAGUUGUGCUGUUCCGGGUGCGGCUAUAAGUCGGUCGUUCGGUACGACAAAUUUGACAGUGUUACUUUGUCCCUGCCGGAAAUUAAAAACCCAGCGAUUUCCAUCGGCAGCCUACUGACGGAAUUCAUACAACCGGAGACUCUGGAGGGAGUUCAGUGUGAGGCUUGCAACGAAACGACAACCCACACGAAAACGCUUACCUUCAGCAAGCUUCCGGCUUGUCUCUGCAUACACAUUGCCCGGACGACGUGGCUUCCGACCGGUCACGCCUACAAACGGCAGGAUUUUGUGCACUUUCCGGAGACGCUUUCGAUGGCACCGUACAGUUUCGUGCAGCCCAGUUUGAACAGUGCCAUGAGUACCCCGUGGGGUUCCACGAUGUCACUCUACUCGGCAAGCCUCGGGGCGGCCGCAUACGAAGCUUCGGUCGGUGGUGGUGGUGGUAUUGGAACUGAACAAAAUACACCGGUCGGGUCUGUGGGCAGUGCCUUCAAUUUCGGAUCGUACACGUUCGGAGCGAUGUUCCCGAAAAAUCUGUACCGCUUGUUGGCCGUCAUUGUACACUCGGGCGAGGCCAACAGUGGGCACUUUGUGACUUAUAGGCGCGGGGCACUACGGAAUUCUCACAAAUGGUUCUACACUUCGGACACUGUGGUCAAAGAGGUUACCAUAGAGGAAGUUCUUAGCAGUCCGGCUUACAUGCUUUUCUACGAUCGUGGACCGUCAUCAAAGUACAACCAACCUGGUGGUGCCGGAACAGGCGGAGGUGCUCAUUAGCGGAAUUUGGGAAGGUAAGAACUAAACAUUGAAGGAGGAAAGCCAGGAAUUUAGAGGAGCAUAGUGAGUAGUGAUGUUAGAUUUGAUCCAAGAUAGAAAUAGAACCGAGAAUGGUUUCCUAGAAUUAGAAAAAGUUCCCCACCAAUUCCAGUUGAUGUUCGAACAGAAGAAAGUAAAUAUUUUGGUUUGAAUGUUUGGAUGAGACGGUUCCCGAUAUUAGUUGUUUGAAACCAUAAGAUAUUGGAAUUUAUAUUCCCUCUGAUAAUCGUUGACAUCGAAGGCAUUUACGUAAGAAACUAAGUUGCUUGAACUUGUUAAUAGUUUUUGUUAAUUGUCACCCGGAAGAUGGACAGUGUUUUAACGAACCCAAAUAAAAUGACCUUUUUUUGUUGUUAAUUUUAAAUGUAAAUAUAGAAUUUUUCUUAGUGUUUUUUGUCCUCAGGUGCUUGAUGUGCUACCAUCAAUGUAUAGAUAUUGAUACAUUUUCGGAUGCCAAAGUUUCUUGGACAAGAAACGUAUCUAAAGUUGUAUUACUACACCCAGAUUUCGUAGAUUAGCGACUGUAAACCUGACUAGGAUUGUGAGAGGUUUGCGUUGCCUUGUUCGUAGUAAAACGCCAUAUUCUUUUUGAAACUUUCCCAUUGAAGAACUGUUCACUUAUUUUAGGAAUACCUUUUAGGGUUCGAAAAUGUACUAGUUCACAUUUAGUAGCGAAUUUCCAUUGGAAUUAGCUUCUAGUUUUUUUGGUUUGAUUUUUUGAAAUCCGUUUUGUUAGGACAAAAUUUUCAAAAGAUACCAGCGAGUUUUGUAUUAUUUUUCUAGUGCCAUCCAUAAACUAAUCGUUCCGAGAUGAUGAUGCAAGCACAAAGUACGAAAUCACACCAGUCGGCGCGUGGCGCCUAUUGCGACAAUCAUCCUGUCAUUCAGGUAACGGUUCUUCGGAAUCUGAUUUGGGUCUAGAGUCCCGACUUCCAUGACGGAGUAUUGCACGGUGCGCUGAAGUCCUGACAGGCCGUUUGUCUGCCCUUUACGGAACGAUCCUUCAAAUUUUUCCAGUUCAUUGCCCCGAUUUAUAGCAUCUCGAACUGUUUUCAAUGGCAUUUUCAAACUUUUACCAAUACCACUAGACCAUUUCCUUGGUUACAUCAUUCAAUUACCGUCCUUGGUUACAUCAUUCAAUUACCGUAAUCGAUUUCAUUGCGACACUAAACGAUAAUUGAUUCGAUUCAUCAUUCAUUCGCAUCCAGGGUGCUCAAUUCGCCAUCAUGUUCACUGUUAUUAUUUUGACAGAACUUGAUUUAAACGUCAACAGAAAAAAAGACAUCCAAGUGUGCAUGUGUUUGAAGUAGUUGCCGAGCACCAGCGGAUGUGAAGAAUUUUAGCGGUAAAAUGUCGAAAAUAUAUAUAAUUAAUCAUGAAACAUUAAGACUGUUUGGUUGUUUGUCUAAGUUUUUUAGGGAUGUUUUGUACUGAAUUCACACGGGUUCGGAAUGAAAACUUUUUAGCAACUCGGAUUUGAUUCGGAAUUCAUUCUGAUAGUAAUGAUUGUAAAUAAGAAUGAAUUCUGAGCCAAGAAAUUUUCAUUCAGAAUUCCAUAUGGAAUUCAGUAUGAAAACCGUAUCAAUGCGGACUCCAGUACCGUUUCCGAAUGAAUUUUUCCUUCAACCGAUCGGUUCGGAAAUGAGUUGAAAUUGAAAAAAAAACUCCUGAAACUGAAUUGUCAAAUUGUUUUCUUCUUCUUCUUUUUCUCCGAUUCUGCAGGUUUUCGUGCUGAUAUUUGUGUCGUUUUUACUUGAUGCCAAAUCUAACCCAGUUUCCAUCCUAACUGCUGUCAAACCGUUUGUUUGAAGCUAGUUUCGAAUCUCGUUUCAACGUUGAACUGAAAAUCGAGUCAGUUUCGAACCUGGUUUUUAUAUCAGAUUUGCUCAAAUCUCUGUUGCCGAGUCCGAAACAGAGUUUCGUGAAAAGUGUUCGUUUCAUGAAACUAUCCUGCGUCAGUUUCAGAUUUCUCAAGCGAAAACGACAUUAGUUGACUUCGAAUUAAAAAUUUUAAUUUUAGAGAGAUAAAUAAGUUUGUUCCGUUAUUUUUUUUAAUUUGAAACUUUUGACGAAACAUGGUUACAUAUUUAACAUUCAAAGUAUUGUCCAUUGCUGGCCACUACUUUUGCCCAUCUUUCUGGUGAUUCACGGAUACCCUAUCCGAAAAUUAGACCGGUCUGGCCGCAACCCACGAUCGUUUUUUGACUUCAUCAUAAUAUGAGAAGUCCUGGUCAGCCAGGCAAAGCUGCAUCGAGCAAAACGAAUAGUAGUCGGAAAGAGCAAUAUCUGGGCUACAGGGCGGUUAGUGUACGACUUCCCAUUUGAACGAUUCUGAGUGUGUUUUACCGGAUGUGCAACAUGUGGACAAGCAUUGUAUGCUGUAAAAUUACUUUUUGUCGCGUCUAUUGGUGCAUUGUGGCCGUUUUUCUUGCAUCAACGCAUCAAUUACCGUCGAUCAAAUCCCGAGAUCUUUUUACUCGUUUUCAGUAGCUCAUAUUGGAUUAUCGUAAUUCGGAUCCACUUUUCAUCGCCAGUAACAGUUCGAUGGGAAAACCUUAUCUCUUGUGCCGUUGGAACAGAUGUUCGAACGUGAAGAAACGUCGUUCGACGUCUCUUCGCUUCAAUUCAUACGGCACCCAAUUGCCUAUCUUUGGGAUCAUUCCCCUUGCUUUUAAACGUUACUAAAUGGCUGGCCGAGUAACUCCGAAAGAUUUUGCAAGUUUUUCUUGCAUUGGCAACGGGUCUAUUUUUCAUUUUCAAACUUUGGUGGCGUUCCGGUUCGUUCUUCGUUUUCCAAUUUAAAAUUGCCACUUCUAAACCGUGCAAACCACUUCCGACACGUAUACUCACCCUACGCUUCCACUCCAAAAUAUGAUUACUUUCGGGGGAUGUUUUCCCCGCAAAGAUUUGAAUUUUUCAUAGUAAAAAAAGUAUUUUGAUUCACGUUUCAACUGAAUGUCUCAAAUUGAUUUUGAAACUGUAUAUCUGUGUAGUUCUCCAAUGCACAUUAGGAAGGGUAAUUCACUGUAAUAAAAAUCUAGUUACGCCAUCUGUGAGAAAACGAUACGAACAUGAUCUUCGGAACAGUGGCAUCUCGUGACAAAAUUGACUAGCUGUGCACAACUUAGAGCAAAUUCAGCAGCUAGGAGUUCUAUAUGGAAGAUCUAUAAUAGAACAGAAACUGGAACAAACGUAUUCCCAGCAAGCCGUUCUAGUUUUAUUUAUUCGACCAGUUUUUUUUUUUUUUUUU